AUGUCGCAGAAGGUCUUCUCGGCUGCUCGGACUUGGUCCGCACCGAGGCCGUUGCCGACCCAGGCUGUCAGACAGCACCCUCCACCAGCACGGCAAGUGGUACGACGAGCUGCCACAGCCGCAGCGGCCAGUCACACCGUCGAGUCGCCGAAUCCGAGUUCCAAGGCGUCCGGAAUUCCUUCUCGUCGGGGGUUCAUCAAGGAUGCCAAACCGUUCUCGGACUUUCUUACCGACACAUAUCAGCGUCAGCACGACUACCUACGCAUCUCACUCACAGAGAGGUGCAACCUUAGAUGCGUGUACUGCAUGCCCGAGGAGGGCGUUCCCUUAUCGCCUGAGAGAGAACUCCUCACGACUCCUGAGAUCAUCAUGCUGUCUUCGGUCUUUGUCUCUCAAGGUGUCAGUAAGAUCAGGCUUACCGGUGGAGAGCCGACAAUCCGGAGAGACAUACUGCCGUUGAUGCGGCAGAUCGGCGCUCUUCGACCACACGGCCUCCGCGAGCUAUGCCUCACAACCAACGGUCUGGCUCUGCACCGUAAGCUGGAGGGCAUGGUCGAAGCCGGACUGACCGGGGUUAACCUCAGUCUGGACACUCUGGACCCGUGGCAGUUCCAGAUCAUGACCCGACGUAAGGGGUUUGACGCCGUCAUAAAGAGCAUCGAGCGGGUCUUGGAACUCAACAUGCACGGCGCGGGCAUCAAGCUCAAAAUCAACGCCGUCGUCAUGCGGGGCGUCAAUGACCGCGAGAUCAUCCCUUUUGUUGAGAUGACGCGAGAGAAAGACAUCGAAGUCCGGUUCAUCGAGUACAUGCCGUUCGACGGCAAUAAGUGGAACAAGGGCAAGAUGUUCAGCUACACGGAGAUGGUGGACCUUAUUCGCGAAAAGUAUCCCACACUGGAACAGAUACAGGGUCACAAGAACGACACGAGCAAGACCUACAAGAUCCCUGGGUUCGUCGGCAAGCUUGGAUUUAUUACGAGCAUGACACACAACUUCUGCGGGACUUGCAACCGUCUGCGCAUCACCAACGACGGGAACCUCAAGGUCUGCCUCUUUGGCAAUGCCGAGGUCUCGCUACGAGACAUAUUGAGGCGCUCCAACAAUGGCGAACCGAUCGAGGAGGAGGCUUACGAGGCGAUGAGACAGAUCGAAAUGGACAGGCGGCAAGGGCUUAGUGACCAGUCAACUCCACUUGGUCUGGCUCCGAACGAGCAAGAGCUGCUGGACGUCAUUGGUAUGGCUGUCAAGCGGAAGAAGGAGAAGCACGCAGGCAUCGGCGAACUCGAACACAUGAAGAACCGGCCCAUGAUCCUGAUAGAUUCACGGAGCCCAUGGUCUGCUCCUUACCACCAAGUCCCGGACUGGACCACUGUGAGAAGUUCGGCGGUGAUGGGCGCGGCUACCCAGAGCUCGAGCCCAUCUCUGCUAGCUACGCCGACAUCUCCAAAACCCAUACCACCUCACCUAGUCAUGCCGGCCACCCAUUUAUACGGACAACAGCCCCGGUGCUUCUCGACCACCCGCCAGUUGCGCGAAGAUACGAAAAGCAGCAAUGCCACACUCACCCACGUCUCCGACUCGGGCUCGGCGCACAUGGUCUCCAUAUCGGACAAGACACCCACCAAGCGGGUCGCCAAGGCCGUCUGCAGCGUUCACUUCACGUCGGCGACGGCGUGCCGGCUCAUCGUCGAGAACCAGAUCAAGAAGGGCGACGUGCUGGGCGUGGCCCGCGUGGCCGGCAUCAUGGCGGCGAAGCGCACGUCGGAUCUCAUUCCGCUGUGCCACCCCAUCGCCAUUUCCAAGGUGACCGUGGACCUGGCCGUCACCGACCGGAGCCUACUACAUCGAAGCUCAGAAGGCGGCUCGGAUGGUGGUGAUGGCGGCGGACGCGUCGACAUCGAGGCCACCGUCGCGUGCGAGGGUAAGACCGGGGUCGAGAUGGAGGCGCUGACCGCUGCUUCGACGGCGGCGCUCACCGUCUACGACAUGUGCAAGGCGGUAGAUAAGGGCAUGCGCGUCGAGGGGCUGAGGGUGGUGCUGAAGGAGGGCGGUAAGAGUGGUCGCUGGGUCGAGGGCGCUCGGGAUAGUUCUACAAAUACCACUUAA